AUGCACCUUUGUCGAGUCUCUCGGUUCGGUCCAUUGUCCCUCCUGCGGCGCCCCUCCCACUGGUCUGUGCGACCCCGCAUCCUCGUUCUUCGCGUUCUGCAUCCGCACAUUCCGCGUCUUCUCCUUUGCUAUAAAGCCUUCCGCUGCAUCCCUUUCCUUAGCUUCCCACCAUCCGACCCUUUUCCGUACAUCCCCCGCUCGGAUUCGUUGCCAAACAUGCCGAGCCUUCUCACCUACAUCGGCUUGCCCAUCGCGCUCGCCGCGCUCGCCUACCAAUUCCUCUCCGGACCUGGAAGCAAGGCCCACGACGUGUUCGGUCUCGGACGUCAGCUCAACUACACCUCACACUCGUGCACAAAGAUCCCCGAACUCGAAGCAUGCGAGGACAUGUGGCUUCACCGACCAUCCGGUCUGCUCUACCUCGCUUGCUCCGAUAUCCCUGGUAGACUUGCCUGGACCCCUGCCAUCGACAACCUGGACGUCUCCAAACGACCCAACAACGAUCACAUUGUCAUUGUCGACACCAAAGCUACCGGACCCAUCACUUCGAGGAUGACCAAGGUCAAGCCCGUUUCGUACUCUGGCACGCUCAACCUGCACGGCGUCUCGGUCUACGAGGUCCCCGCAAAAUCGGCCGAACUCAAACCUACCCUGAGGAUCUUUUUAAACAACCAUCGACCUCCCAUCGAUCCCGUCACCAAGACCGUCCUGGAUGCGUCCAAAGUAGGGGCCAAUUCGACCUUCGAGCUGUUCGAGUCGACGUUGGGAGAGUCACGAAUGAGGCACAUCCGAACCUACACCGGUGAAGCGAUCCGAACACCCAACCGCCCUGCUGCCGUCGGACCGGACAGCUUCGUAUUCACCAACGACCACAGCGUCAAGACAGGUGCCAGCCGUCUGCUGGACUUCUUCUUCCCGCGCUCCGAUCUCGGAUUCUGCGAUGUCAGCGGAUGCAAGAUCGCUGCACCCGGACCCUACCCUUACCCGAACGGCGUAGUGGCAUCCUCGCUCCACCCGAACCGCUUCUACGUCCCCGCAUCCGCCGAUCCCAACAUCCGAGUCUUCGAACUCCAAGCCGACAACUCACUCACCCUCAUCGACGUCAUCCACACCGGCUACCCCGCCGACAACCUCACCGUCGACGAAGACGACAAUAUCUACGCCGCCUGCUUUCCCAACGUCCCCAAACUCCUCGCCAAAUUCAAGGAUCCCUACCACAAACACUCGCCCACCACCGUGCUCAAGAUCAGCAAGAAUACGUCCAAGGACGCCUUCUUCGGCAAAAAGUGGAACGUCGAAAAGAUCUUUGAGGACGACGGGACCGCAAUGAGCGGUGCUACCACCGCCAUGUGGGAUGACAGCAAUGAGGGGCUCUGGUUGGGCGGCGUGAGCAGUAUCAGUAGCUUCUGCAAGCUGCACUAA